AGAUUGGAUAUAGCUUUAUACUGUAACCGUAAAAAUAUGGAGUUGGUUUAUGAUGAGUCACGGGUCGCAAAACCAAGAGCAAGCUUCGUGUUAGAGAAAAACGCACAACUGCUAGUCUACAAAUGACUUAAGAGUUUGCAUUUUCCGGAUGGACAUGCAUCGAACAUAUCAAGGCUGGUUAAUAUAGAGGACUGCAGAUUGUAUGGAAUGAAGAGUCAUGACUGCCACGUGUUUAUGCAAACACUCAUCCCAUUAGCUUUUCGUGAUUUGUUGCCAAAGGGAAUAUGGGAUGCACUCACGGAGAUCAGUCAUUUCUUCAGAGAUAUAUGCUCCAACAAGUUGAAUGUUGAUCACAUUGAGAGGUUUCAAACGAAUAUCAUCGAGACACUAUGCAAACUUGAGAUGAUAUUCCCUCCAUCAUUUUUUGACUCAAUGGAGCAUCUCCCUAUACAUCUACCGUUCGAGGCAAAAGCUGGAGGACCGGUCCAAUAUAGAUGGAUGUACCCAUUCGAACGGUACUUGUUUAAUCUCAAGAAAAAGGUUAAGAACAAGGCGCAUGUUGAGGCUUCGAUAUGUGAGGCCUAUAUUGUUGAGGAGAUCUCAACAUUUAUCUCGUACUAUUUCGAACCUCAUCUGAGAACGAGAAUCAAUCGCGUUCCAUGGCAUGAUGAUGGCGGUGAAGUGCCUUCCAGUGGGAACUUGUCAAUAUUCUCCAAUACUGGACGACCCACACCUAAAAAUGCCGUAAGAGGAAGAUAUUUGUCGGAAAUAGAGUUCAAACAAGCACACAACUAUGUUCUAUUUAACUGUGAUGAGCUGAGACCUUUUAUUCAGCAACAUCGUCAAUAUUUGCUCUCCAAUAACUCACAGCUGACCGAAUCCCAGAUCUUUCAAUUACAAGAUGAGCAGUUUGCCACGUGGUUCAGAACACAUGUUUAUCAAAUGGGAAGGAGUGCACCUAAGUCAUUGUCUUCACUAAGCCUGGGGCCUGAAAGAAAAUGUAAGUGCUACAACGGGUAUUUUGUCAAUGGAUAUGUUUUCCAUACUGAAGAAUACGGGUAAGGAAGAAAGACAUACAACAACGGUGUUUGUGUUAAGGGAUCCACUAGUAGUGAGUUAGAAGUUGACUACUAUGGUAGAUUAGAAGAGGUCGUCGAACUGCAAUAUCAUAACGA